AUGAAGCCAUCAGAUACGGGCGUGCUGCUACUCUCCCACGGCGCGCUCAUCGCCGGCGUGCUCGCCGAGGCCCUCCCGCCGCAGGGCAUCCCGAUCCAGUGCGCCACGAUAUGCGGCCCCAUGGUCGAGCUGUCGGCGAUAUGCAGCGGCGGCCGCGGCCGAGGCAGAGAGAUUGUGCUUGCGGGAAAGCGACGAGAUGUAGCACCCGAAAAGCGACCCGUGGCUGCACACCGAAAAGAAACGGCGGCGCGGCAGCCAAAUGACGGGCCGGACAUUGCAGAAAGGGCGUUUACAAUCAUCGUGCCCGCGCCGACAUCAUUUCCAUCGUCACUCCUGGUGCAGGAGGGGACCCUCGAUCCGCCCAAAGAAUCCAAAACUACACAUAUACGACCUACGCAGAUAUUUCCCACACUAGUAACACCGCUGCUUCCAUCGCCUCCUUCCACUUCAUCACUACUUCCACCACCACCGCCCGCCGCCAUAACAGCCUUGCCGGGCACACCAACCGAUCCCAGCAAUGACGAUAGCACUAUCAGCCCUCCGACAACGGAGCCUACCGAGGAGGCUGCCGGACCCACGACAUCGCGAGGGCCGCACAGCUCAAUGGAUGCCACGACUGAAGGCGACGACGGAGGCGACGGCGACGGUGAACCCGCCACUCCCAACAAUAGCACCCAGCCGGACAAGGACCAAGGAAGGUGGACGAUGAAUACCGGUGAAGAGGACUGCGUGUGUCUGAAUAAGAGCUUCAACGUGCCAGAGGUUGCUGCUCUUUGCGCCAGCUGCAUCGCUGGAGCUGACCAGGAACAGAAUGACAUGAGCGUCAUCAUGACAACCUGCAAAUUCGCUUCCGCGCAGUACAGCCCGGACAAAGACAAGGUCGCCGAAAAUAUCCAUGUACAGGCUACGCCGCCACAAGCGGUCCUGGGCCAAAAUGCCGGCGUCACCAGCGCUGGAGCGCUGAUGCUAACACCAAUUCAAGGUGCUCAAAUCGCUGUCGGAGCAGCCUGGGGACUCCUGCAGCUAUGGUUUCUGUGA